CCUCCACUGAGGAAACAAAAAAAAAAAGACGAGGAAUAAGCAAUGGACUGUAUCGUCUCCAGCUCGACGGUUCUUAUCCGAUCACAUCUCACUCCAAUUCGUCCAGCUUCCUCCGUAUCCGCCAAACCUCUCAGCUCAGCACAGGUCGCAUCCUUCGCGGCUAACCGCCACACACUUUCCUUCAGGUCCGGUGGUCAAAGAGCCAGAGCACUCUCCGCUACGGUGAUAAGAUGCGGCGGAAUCAAGGAGAUCGGCGAGAGUGAGUUCACCAGUACGGUUCUUGAAUCGGACCGGCCGGUUCUCGUUAAUUUCGUAGCUUCUUGGUGUGGUCCCUGCAAGUUGGUCUAUCCCGCUACGGAAGCUUUAUCUCAGGAGUAUGGUGACAGGUUGACGAUUGUGAAGAUUGAUCACGACGCGAAUCCUAAUUUGAUAGCAGAGUACAAGGUUUACGGUUUACCGCAUUUUAUUCUCUUCAAGGAUGGGAAGGAAGUUGCAGGUAGCAGAAAGGAAGGUGCUAUUACUAAGGCCAAGCUUAAGGAUUACAUUGAUGGUCUCUUGACCUCUAUAUCUGUUGCUUAAUCCGUGGAUUGGACUCUUUUUCUCCACACUGUUUGUUAUGUAAACACAUUCUCUUGAGUUGUGAUCUUCAUCAACUUGUUUUGUUACCAAAUGUGUAAAUCUAGCAACAGAUUUUUAUUAAUACAAGACUCUGUGCAUUCGUGAACUCGUUUUACUAAUAGAAAAGACAUUUUUU